GGCCAUUUAUUUCUUAUUUAAACUAAAUUGAAGACGAUCAACAUCAACCAUUCGUCAGUUGCAUCAUCCGCUGUGAACAUGUGGAUCCCAACGCUCUUUGCUGUUACUGCCUUCGUUGGCUGCAUUGCUGGCGCUGCAUUGCCGACACCUCGUUGCGAACUAAGUCUUCGCCCCUACAUGAUAGAAGACGAUGAAUUUUGUGACAAGUACUAUGUUUGUCUCAACGGAACGGCGACAGAAGAAUUUUGCGACGACGGUCUCGUGUUUGACAUCACAAAGGAUAAAUGUGAACUACCCCAUGCUGUCCAAUGUGGCGACAGGAAAAAACAACAAAAUCCUCGACCAACUUCUAAUUGUCCACGCCGAAAUGGAAUGUUCCCUGUGAAAGGAUCUUGCGAUAAGUUCUAUCACUGCACCGACGGACAACAUACUCUCAUUGCGUGCCCUCCGGGUGUAAUUUUCGAGCCAUUGGUUGGAGCCUGCGUUCACGCCGAUCAAACAAACAGACCCAAUUGCAGCGCAUCCCAAGUUCUCAAUUUCAUGUGUCCUAAUAUUGGAUCCGGGGCCAAUCCAUCAGCUUCUCUUCGUUUUGGUGAUCACGAUCGACUUGCUCAUCCGACUUCCUGUCGCCAUUUCUACAUGUGUCUUUUAACCGGAAUGCCACGUCUUGGAGGGUGCACGUAUGGAUUGGUUUUUAAUCCGGUGUCUGGUCGCUGUGAUCAGCCCCAAAAUGUCCGUGGAUGUGAAAAGUGGUAUGGAGAGGAUGAUCCGAUUGAAGAGGAUGACAUUCCUGAUGCCACUGUCGCGCCGGCACUUUCGUCUAGAAGGAUCAACAACUCAGCUGUCCGGACAGCUGCUCCAGCAGUGUCUGUUGCCAGAGUCGAGCCAGGAGAAGUGGCCAAAUCGAAAAGCCACCAGCCAAUGCGCCGUUUGUCUACGGGAACUAAUCGUUUCGGUCUAGUUCAGGAAGAUCCGAUCGAUUUCGAUAAAUCCGAUUUGGACGAAGAAUAACGUUUUUUUUUCAUUACUCAAUCGAUGAUCUUAUAGAAAUAAUUUCUUGUGUAUUAUGUGAUCCAUUUCUAAGUAAAAAUUCUAUUU